AUGUCUGCAGCACAGCUUCUCAAUCCCAAGGCCGAGUCUAGGCGGCGGGGUGAAGCUCUGAAGGUCAACAUCAGCGCCGGAGAGGGUCUGCAGGAGGUGCUCAAGUCCAACUUGGGCCCGCUGGGAACUAUCAAGAUGCUUGUGGACGGUUCUGGACAGAUCAAACUCACCAAGGACGGAAAUGUCUUGCUCAGAGAGAUGCAAAUACAAAACCCCACAGCCGUCAUGAUCGCACGAGCCGCGACAGCGCAAGACGACAUCUGCGGAGAUGGCACCACAUCCGUUGUUCUGCUGGUUGGAGAGCUCCUCAAACAGGCCGACAGAUACAUCGCCGAAGGAUUACAUCCCCGUAUCAUAACCGAAGGCUUCGAGAUUGCAAAGAACGAGUCUUUGAAGUUCCUCGACUCGUUCAAGCUACCCAAGGAAGUUGACCGAGAGCUGCUCCUAUCUGUCGCCCGAACCUCCCUAUCCACGAAGCUGAAUGCCAACCUGGCCAAGAAGCUGACGCCCGAUAUCGUCGAUGCCGUCUUGGCCAUUUACCAGGCGCCCGCGAAGCCCGACCUGCACAUGGUGGAGAUUAUGAAGAUGCAGCACCGAACUGCCUCGGAUACCCAGCUUAUCCGCGGUCUAGCGCUCGAUCACGGCGCGAGACACCCGGACAUGCCGAAGAGAGUGGAGAACGCCUUCAUCCUGACCUUGAACGUCAGUUUAGAGUACGAGAAGUCGGAGAUCAACUCGGGCUUCUUCUACUCCAGUGCCGAACAGCGUGACAAGCUGGUCGAGAGUGAGCGCCGGUUCGUUGACUCAAAGUUGAAGAAGAUCGUGGAACUGAAGAAGGAGGUUUGCGGAAACGACCCCAAGAAGAGCUUCGUCAUUGUGAACCAGAAGGGUAUCGACCCGCUGUCGUUGGAUGUAUUGGCAAAGAACGGCAUUUUUGCUCUGCGAAGAGCGAAGAGAAGAAACAUGGAGAGACUACAGCUUAUUGCUGGAGGAAUCGCACAGAACAGUGUCGAGGAUUUGACCCCCGACAUCCUCGGAUGGGCCGGAUUAGUGUAUGAGCAACAGCUCGGCGAGGAGAAGUACACAUUCAUCGAGGAUGUGAAGGAGCCGAAAUCCGUUACGCUCAUGAUCAAGGGUCCGAACGCCCACACCAUCACACAAAUUACUGACGCUGUCCGAGAUGGCCUGCGAAGUGUCUACAACAUGAUUGUGGACAAGUCUGUGGUUCCGGGUGGUGGUGCUUUCCAGGUCGCCUGCGCGGCUCACUUGAAGAGUGACGGGUUCAAGAGGACCGUUAAGGGCAAGGCCAAGUGGGGCGUCGACGCCUUUGCUGAUGCCCUACUGAUUAUUCCCAAGACCCUCGCGGCCAAUGCUGGCCACGACAUCCAGGAUGCUCUGGCGUCCCUGCAAGAUGAGCAUGCGGAUGGCAAUGCUUUCGGUCUGGAUCUGGUACUCGGUGAGCCCAUGGAUCCCACACAGGAAGGUGUUUACGACUCGUUCAGAGUGUUGCGUAACUGUGUGGCCUCAUCAUCUAGUAUUGCAGGCAACUUGUUGCUGUGCGAUGAGAUGCUCAAGGCACGUCAAAUGGGACGGGCAGGAGGUCCCGGCCCGGGAAUGGAUGGUCCGGAGGAGUAA